AUGAAGGCUACCCCGUCCAAGACCACCCGCCUCGCCCGUGACAUGACGGGUCUCUUCAUGCACCUGCCUAGCGCAUCCUCCGUCGCAUCUCACGUAUAUCCUUGGCUGGCCCGGGAACGCAACGACACCUCCAACUACACCACCGUCCCCGCCUCUCCUCUCAGCGAGGCGGAGCGCAUCGCUGAGGAGAUUACUGAACUCCGGAACAACCACAUCUUCAACGACGCAGCGUACUACAGGCGUCUCGCCGAGCUCCGCGCCGAACAGCUCCGCAUCGCGCAAAAAUCUAGCCGCCCUCGCUUCACCGCCGACAUCGAGCGCGAGAUUCGUCGCCACAACCACAACCACAACCCGCACGGCCCUCGUAUCCGCGGUCCUCGCCCUCUCGGUCGCAACCGCCACACCGCCGCGAAUGGUUCUGCUAUGGACAUCGACACCUCUUUCCGUCGCGAGCCAUCCCUGAUGGACGUCGACAGUGCCUCUUUCUCUCGUCCUCAGCCGCAGCCUCAGCGCUGGACCCAUGCUCCUCUUAGGCCGUGCCCUUCUAUCAUCAUGGAGGACUCCAGCUUCGUUGCCCGCGAACGCCGCGAGCGCAGGGCUAGGCGCGAGGGUUCGAUCCGCGUCGAGUCCACUCAGCUCGACCCUGCCGCUAUUGCUCAGGCGGCGCGCGAGAAGGAGGAGUCGGACCGUAUCGCCGCCGCGCAUGCCCAGCGCAUGUUGGAAGAGUUCGAGCAGCGUGUCGCCGCUGAGCGCGAAGAGGCUCGCCUUGCUGCUGAGGCUGCUGCCGCUGCCGCUGAGGCCGCUCGUGUUGCCGCCGAAGCGGAGCGCAUCGCCGAGGAGGCUCGCCAGGCCGAGGCCGCUCGCAUUGCAGAGGAGGCCCGCAUCGCUGAGGAGGAGCGCAAGGCCGCGGAGGCUCGCAAGGCGGAGGCGGAGGAGCUUCGUCGUUACGCGGAAGCUCAGCGCCAGGGUGCUGAGAGCAUCAAGGCUCGUCGCAACGCGCGUGCCCGCCCCGCCCAUGAUGCCUUCGGUUAUGCAGCCUUUAACGCAAGGCUCAAACGCCAACGCGCGGCUCGCCUUGCCGCCGAGGUUGAGCGCAAGCGUCAGGUGCAGGACAAGCGCGUCGCGGAUAAGAAGCCUGCCCCGGCUGCACCGGUCAAUCCUGUGCGCGCUCGUAUUCAGCAGGAGUGCGAUGCCAUCAAUGCCGAGAGCGACGCUACUAUCCGCGCCUUCAAGCUUUACGAGUACAAGCUCAAGCUCGUCAAGAGCCAAUUCAAGGAGCUCGUCGAUGCUGGUAUCAAGUUCGACGUCGCCGAACUGCCUUGGCCUAUCUUCAACCCUGAGCAGGCGAAGGAUAUCCUCAACCGCAGGGGUGAGGAACCGCUUCAGGCUAUCACCUCGUUCAUCCUCCACGAGAACCGCCCCGAGGCUCAGGGCGUCCAGCCUAGGAAGGUCGUCCGCACCGAUGUCUUCCGUCUGCACCCUGACAAGAUGGUGCUUCCGAUGUCGGCUGUUGUCAAGGAGGACCAGCUCCAGGACUGCCUCGACCUCAUCAACAUCGUCGCUGGUUGUCUCAACGACCUGAACCAGCUUUACUAG